AACAUUUUUCUAAUUCUUGUUUGUUAUAUUUUUCAUGUUUUGAUUUAGCAUUUUUGGGAUAUGCACGACAUCUUUUAAUAAGCAGUAAAUUAAAAUAAAGUAACAAUAAUCUACUGUAAUGCUCCGAAACAUCAUAUUGUGCAGCAAUUUUUUUCUCCACAUUCACAAUGGAUCAAAGUCGUGUAUAUAUUCGACAAGCUCUUAAUAAGUUGUUACCGUCAUCUAUUAUUGGUGAAGUUACCUGCUUUGUGUUCUACGAUCACCAUCCAAGUGACCAACGCAGCUUGGACGUGACUGUAUAUACGAAUAGUGGUGAAGUACUGGAGUAUAACCAACGUGAACUUGUAUCAUCCUUACGUCUACAAACCGUUAGUGAAGUCACGAAUUUAGAAAUUUUACGUAAUAACAAAUGCGAGCUUUUUUAUUUAGUGGCCGCAAAGGAUGAGAUCUUGAUUUUAUCAACGAAAGAUAACCUUCGAAUUCAUAAUAGAGUUACUAAUGUUGGGUCAUACACAUUAGAUGAUGUAGAGUGUACGGGGCAAGCUUGUUUGAACAUAAUUCGGAGCGACGAUGCUGUUCCGCUAGUAUUUGAUGAUAAUUUUACUAAACUGACUGAAUCUGAAAGUGUAUUCACAAAAAUGCAAUUGCCCCAAGAAGAGAAAGCAAUAAAGAAUAUACAAUCUGAAGAAUCCCUGCCUAUUGUCAAACAACUUAUGACUAAGCUAACUGCAGCAAAGUACACAACAAAACAUAAUGAGACCAAGUAUAACGACUAUGUCAACAUGAGGCAAGCUGCAGCUUUUUCCCUCUAUCAAAAGGAAACAUUUAAAUCAAACGAUGCUGUUUCUAAACUUGGUUUAUAUGAGGUUUCCAAUAUACUGCAAGUAACAGUAAAACCUCCUGUUGUAAAAAUGUGCAAUCAAAAAGUAGUUAUUAUAAUAAACCUAAGAAAUAAUAACAAUGUGCCUAUAAAAGAAAUAUGUGUUCUUCUAUUAAGUGAGUCAAAGCAAGCCAUAGAAUACAGUACAAAAGUCUUUGAGAACACUCUCAAAUCACCACACUGGAAGGAAUCAGAUGCCCAAAUAACUAGUUACAAUGAAGCAACAGUAGUUGCUGUGGUAAAUCUAGCAGAGCUUCAGUUUGAUGAAAUGAGUAGAAUAGAUUUUGAAAUUGCAGUAUCUUUUACUAAAAGUGGCAAAACUCAUAUGCUACCGAUUGAGAGUGUUUCAAUAUCACCAAUGGAUGUUAUGGGAGAGAACUUUGAUGUAUUGUUCUGCAGUGAUGUCGACUCCACAUACUUGAUUUUAUGUAUAAUGUCUACUUCAGAAUGCUUUGAUCUACGCCUCAGGCAUAUAACAAAAUUGGACGACAAUGUGGUUACACUGUCUGAAAUAUUUCACACGCAUUUAAAAAUGGAGAAGUGCCUAGAUAAUGUUGCUAUACAUAAAGUUACACCAUUUCACAAACUUUACGGCGCUAUGGUGGUUUUUCAGGAUAAUAUUGAGAACACUAAGAUAAUGAGUGUAAAAGUUUAUACACGGUUCCCUUCUCAGGUAUUGGCGUUAAUGCACUACAUAUACGACGCUGUACCAUAUAGAAUAAUUGCGACAACAUCCGACUACAAGAUAUCAGAAAUUAACAACGAUCUGUCAAGUUACAACGAAAAGUCGCAAACGACUGAAGAUAUCAAUUAUAUAGGUUGUGCAUCAUCAGUUAUGAAUCAAAUAAAAUUAAUAAAUGAACAUAUUAAUGAAUGCACGAUAAAGAUGAGCCAAGAUAGAAGCGCAGCGAUCCAGAAUAAAGUUGGGAUCGAAGUAGACAUGAUGGCUCUAGGUGUGCCCAAAUAUUUAGAGUUCAGAAAAAAAAUACUUGAAGAAAACUUGAUGGGAAUUAAAAGUAUAUCAUUCAACGAAACCCCUUCAUCUGAUGAUGCUGAUCCGGACUGUAUGAUCAUUGAUGAUUUUUAAAUGAAAAAUAAAUGUGAUAAUAAAGUUAGAGCUACGGUCAUCAAGGUUAAACGCGUGACUGAAGAAUUUAUGGAUGUUUUGAAUUUAGAUAAGAAUUCAUAACGUUAAAAUUUAGAUAUGAGUUAUUCUCAAAAAUAAUCAUGAAUGUGUAAUGUUGGACAAUCCAUAAUCAGAUACUGAUGUGGAUCAUUGAUGUUUGAUAUUUGUAUUUCUUAAACAAUUGUGAUUGUGCCAAACGGGCUGAGUAACUAAAGUUGAAUAUAAGAAGAUGGAAGUACAGGGCAUGAAAAGUAAUGUGAUUAUUUUACUGUGAUUUUUAUAUUUAUUUUAACAUAUGCUUGGACAAUAAACACAUCGCCAUCCAACUCCUAAAGUAAGCGUAGCUUGUGUUAUAAGUGCUAAGAUGAGUGAUGAAUAAUGUGAAUAAACACUUUUAUAUACA